AUGUGUUGUGGAAAGCCGGAGCUAACAGUUUUUAUAUCAGGAUCAAUCAAAGGCAUAAAACAUGGUGAAUUGGAAUCAUGGUUGCGGAGAAUUACCCCACUACGUUUUGAACAUAUCUUAAAGAGAGAAGCAAGUGAAUGGGGGCAUGUUCACUUCGGUACACAUUAUGAUGCAUCCAAGUUUUUCAACGAAAUGAAAAAUAAUCCUUUCACAGGACCACAUGAGUGUGAAAUCAGAUUUUCUAAUGCAACAUAUUUUAAGACCAAGAGAAUAGUUGAAUAUAUUAACACAUCUAGACCUAGAUCGGCAUAUACUCCAACUUCACAAACUGAUGAAAAAAAAUUGGUGCCCUUAAAACAGUCUUUGCAGAAUAAAUCCCAAUACGCAUUGUAUGAUAACGGGGAAGGAUUUUAUAUAAUCAAGAUACAUACUCCAGGAAUUCAGCGAAAAGACCAAGUACAAAUUGAUGUCGCUAAUGACGAUCGAUCUGUUAUUAUUUUUGCCGAGAAUUUGACAAUUGGAGAAAGCGAUACGGGGAUUACAGAAAUUAAAAAUGAUCUUUCCACUAAGUUCGAAGUAAAUGUUAAUUUACCAAGGAUGGUAUGCACGAAUUAUCCGGUCAAUGUUGACGUUGAAUAUG